AUGGCUUCAUCAGUCAUUCCAGAACUCGCCAAGCUUGACAACAUCAAGCAGGACACAGAAUCCGCCUCUCACAAAGUCUUCCAAGAACUCGCGAUCAAGUCAGCGCAACCUCACGCGGACCGUACUUUCUUGACCGACAGAGCUGUGAUCGGCAUGGAGCCCAUGGAAAAUAUGCCACACACCGCUCACCUCCUGAAUUCCGAACAUCUUGCCAUGGCAUUCACGGAGCUCUCUGCGGCUAUGGAUGACCCUUUCGACGUCUUCCCCCUUCCGUCCUACACGUACGACCCCUCGAAGCCAUGCUACCUCUACACCAUACCUCGCGAGCUCCGCGACAUGGUUUACGACGACGUCAUCUCAUCUGGCAAUCUCAAGAUACUUCGAACCUCGAGGAAAUUACACGAAGAAGGCAUCAACUUCCUUUACAAACGUCGCGUCUGUCAUCUCAUCGAGGAUUUCACGAAGUACAGACCCGCAAUCAAUCUCCAGGAGCCUAUUGCUGCCUUGAUUCAGAACGUCGAUAUUGAGAUAGUGAUGGGAUCCUCAAUGAAUGGUCGAUGUUGGGGAGACACCACUGAUCCAAUUCUCAAAUUCAGUGGCUCCACUGUCCUGCGACAGACGUGCCGAGUGGUGUUUCUCUGUACGGAAGACUACCAUCCUUUCAACAUCAAGCCACAUCUUCAGAAGAUCUUGGGCCAGCUCCGUACACUCAACGGAUUUUUACGGGUCAUCUUGGAAAUUCAUUAUAAAGGUCCGAUGCUUGUUGGAGAACAGCAACCCUUACAUUGCCGGCUAAAGGCUAUUUCUAUCUUGAGAGCCGUCAAACACUUGGAAAAGGACUUGGGUCCAAGUACCCGGCGUGAAGACGUUGACCCUACCCGCAAGAACUUGGAAUUUCAUCCGCGUGCCCACCUGGAAGCCAACCAAGGGGGCGUUGUCGCUAACGACCCAGUGCCGCAAUGA